GAUGUUGAUAUUGAGAAAGGAGUGUCUCACACCAAACUGAGAACGAGUAUUACUGACGCAGUGCCUAUGAGAGAACUCUCACCACGGAUACGUCACCAUGACACAGAGCAGAACACUAUUGGAAAUUUUACCACGUAGAAUCUUUGUUCCCUCUGGUGAAAUGCAGAUUUUUUUCUUUUUGUACGCUUUAAAAGUAAGUCGUGGCUAAAGCGCGAACGAACUUAAAUGUAACUUGCGCGUUAAGAACACGACCUCAGUUGGACGAGUCAAUUACAACUCUUUGUUUGACAAUAAUUCACAAUUUAAAGCUUAAAUCUGUUUUAAAGAUGUUUUUUAAUACAAUAUUUGUUGAGAGCUAUUAGUGUACUAGUACACUCUGUUAUAUGCACCUUCGAUAAAUAAAGUUCAUUGAUUAAUUCAAAACUAAAAGAUCGAAGGCCAAAUGUUUCCUGUAUAGAACUGAAAUAGUUCAUUGAGUCGACCUAAUAAUGAAGGUUGAAAAAUUUAAACAGUUUAACAUACACUUUAAUAGGACGAAAGAAAAAAAUAAAUUAUACCUUUUCAUGGGUUAUCUUCAGAACAUAAAAAGUUGGAAGUUUGAAGUUAAGUCAUUUUCCAGUCGACUUUCCCAUGUUAAACAACUCUAACGUAAUUCUUGGGUCGACCCAAAUAAGAUAUGAAAACCGUCAACGAUUUAAACGUCGAUCUUUUCAUGUGACAUUUGAAGUUGUACAUACGACUACAAUACAAUUCAUAAAAGACACUCAUUAUCAAGACCUAAAAUGGAAAUGCCCCACUAUGAUAUGGAAAUGCCCCCCCGGGAGUUUCUGACACAAUAUCAAUAUUUUGUUACCAUAUUGUCAUAUUCAUCCGAAAGUUUCUCAUUCUGAAGGUUUCCCGCCACGAUUCUUUGAGUGCCUGCAAUUAAAAAAAGUUUCCUUGAAACAUCUGUCGGUGACAUGACAAGGUGCUAUUGAUAAAUGCUUUGCCUCAACUGGUUCGUAAAUAUUACUGCCUCCAAGAACCAACAGAACGUGCGGGUUGUCUCCUGCACUAAAAUGUCGUGCGAGUAUUUUCUUUUCUUUUUAAUCGUCUCACAGGUCAAAGUCACCUGUCCAUCGAAGGACCAAAUUACCUCAAAUGAUAGUUGUGCGAGGUUCGACUGGAAUGAAGAGUUUUUUCCCAAAAAUAAGCAAUCUAAGUGGAAUGAAACAGUAAAAAAGAUCAUACAUCAGUGCUUACGUUCAGUAGUGAGGAAAGAAGAUGGAGGUUGUAACGUUCCGCUUGUAAAAGUAACAUUUCCACUCUUUUCUUGCUCUUCAAAUGCUACACUCUUAGAAAGGGAGUUCUCUUCUGUAUUGGUCAUCAAAGAAGAAUCGUUUACCACCGGCCGACAAAUCGUUCACGCAUUUGCACAGAUAUGGGAACUUCUUGUUCUUUGCAUAAUAGCUGCCAUGCUGUCAGGAAUUGUCAUUUGGUUUUUGGUAGGUAUUCCGAAGUCUUUUUGUAUCCUUACAAAAGUUGAUCGUCUGAAUUACACGAAUGGCAAAGGUUGGUGUUAAAUCGACUCAACAAAAAUCGAGUAUUUCUUCAUGGGGAUAUUAAGGAUGAUUUUUUUUUCUGAUACUGACAAUGAUAAGUAUACCUUUCCGUCUGAAACUUUAUGAUUGCACUGACAGCGGUAUAAUAUUUCAGGGAGUUGAAAGCGAAAUUGUAAUCCACAUGAACAAAAGCUAAUCGAAUGGUUUUUACAUCAUUUUUAUUUUUUUUUAGUUUCUAUCUGAAUAUGUUAACUGUCUUUGCCUCAAACUAGAAAGUUUGAAGGAUGCGUCAUGUCACUGACAGUUGUUACGUCCAAGCUUUGUUCAAAGAUCUUCAUCUCCGAAAACAUUACGGAGGAAAAUUAAGAAAUGUAUCAGAAAAGUGGCAGCGACGAAAUUAAAGUCAAUUGAUGUGUAUGAAAAAAGUUAACUUUUACAAGCAAGUUUCCCAUUUCUCCAAACGACUGGUAUCAGUAAAGAGGAAUAACAACUUAGAUGAUCUAAACGAAGCAAAGAGAAAACAAAAAUUGCUUCAUACAUUUAAGUUAACAUUGGUGAAAAACUCAACAUUUUCAUGAGUUAAUCAUCAUAUCUUAUACAAAUUCUUUACGGCACCUGUCGCCUCACUUUAAAAACAGUUUUGGAACACAGACCAAAAUUGACGACAUUAUCAACAGAAUAUCGACAUAUUUAUAUUCAAACCUCGUGUAAUGCAUAAAAUUUCUGCGGAGAUUUCAUCGGCUCACCGGAGGUUGUUCAUACUCUGUACUGUAUUAUUUACAUGCGUUGCUCACUUAUUUCUCAGUUUCAUCAAUUUGAAACAGGAAUUUUUUCAGUUCGUAAAAGAAAACUUACAUAAUUAUCGCGUGUCCUUUGAGAGCGUAUUUCGAUCUUUGUCGCCACCCGCGCAUGACAGUUAUCACUGCUCUUUAGUUUCAACAACAAUUAACCUUUUUACAGGAUCACAGAGCAAAUUCAGGUCAUUUUCCAGACUCGUUUUGGAGAGGUGUUCAAGACGGAUUGUGGUGGGCAGUGGUUACCAUGACAACAGUCGGGUAAGAGACUGCAAACUUUAAUUUUACAUGAUACUCUCUCUUACCAUACAAUGUAGCCGACUUAUGAUGACAACAUUUCGUAAUCAACAAGUUGAUUGUUACAUGUACAGGUGUGUGAGCUCGAGAUUUCUUUAAUGUGAUGGUUGAUGAUGGCGAGGCCCGAGUAAACUAUCACGGAUUGAAAUUGAGAGUGCAUAGUCUAGUUAUUUUAGUAUCAAGUAUUAUUUUUCAUAUACAUUAUAUGAAAAAUAAUACUGUUUGUAUUUUUUUUAUCACUGACAUGGUAGCUAUGGUGACAAAGCUCCUAAAUCAUCGCUGGCUCGGAUGUAUGCUUCACUGUGGAUGAUCAUCGGAAUGUUGUUGAUGUCAACCAUUACAGCCCAAAUCUCCUCGUCCAUUACUGCUGAUGGACUUCGUCCCCUUAAUGAUAUGUUUGGAUCUAAGGUAUGAAACAGCGUUUGAUAAUUUUUGUCAUGACAUUUAAAUUUCGUGCGCUAUGAGAGAUGCUGGAAUAUCAUUCUCUAACGAAAGAAAAUUCAUGGCCUAUAGCAAUCGACUUCCAUACGUCUGUGAUGUCGUCCUCAGACUGGCAAAGAAAAUUUGUAGAACAUUUUACAUUCCAUUUUACGAUCGAUAUAAUUCGCCAUUAUGGCUGUUGUUGUUCUUUCAAGUCUAAUUGUCAUUAUUAUCACUAUUCGUUUUCCUAGUUAGUUUGUUAUCAACUCUUUUGUGUUUCUCCAUCUUGUCUAACCGACUUGAAAUAUAGAGGUGAAACUCUUAAACUUCUUCUUCAUCCCCCCUCCGGGCUCUCAACCCCUGAUAGUAUAUUUACCGAUACUCAAUAGUGCAUAUCACAUCAGUCUUUGAACCUUGGUUAGAAACACCAAGCGCUAGGAAAGUGAUGUUAUGAAUUAGUCUCGUAACCAGACCUUUCACAACCAACAUACAUUUCAGUUAAAUUACACAGUAGGAUCUGGUUACGAGAUUAGCUAUGAGUAAUAGUUGCGUAUUGACGGAAUUCGUCACAGGUUGGUAUUCCCUUGGGAAGUAGAAAACUCUUUGAGAAAUACAACCAUGGAACCAACGUCACAGGUGCGUUGACUUCAAAUCUCCAUUUUUUUUCUUGUGUUUCUUUGUUUAUGUUGUUAUUGUUGCCGUUUUUGGAUUGGCCUAGUGGCACUCCACUGCUGCUUAAUACAGUAAGAAUCUCCUUUACCACCUCCCUUUAAGCGCUGCUUAUUGCAUUGCGUAAGCUUAGCGAACAGCUCAUUAAAGGUCUCUUAAUAAUGAUCAUUCCUAGGUCAAUCCUUGGAUCAGGUACUUUAAGUCUGUGAGAUUCAUUUUAUUUUGAGAUGCGUCCUUAGCUAUUUCUCUCAAUCACAAAAUUAUAGCAACAAACAAUGUAGAUCAGAAACCUUAAGUCCUACAAACGAUUUGAGAAGUACUGAAUCAGACGGAACCCAAGCAAAGCAGACACCAAGGAUAUUAAUUUUACCCCCAAGGGGAGGGACAAAUGUAGCUUCUUCUUCUUUAUCCAUAAGGGGUGGGAGGGAUGGGGGGUUGCAAACAUCGUUGUACAUAUGCUGGAGGGAUUCGCCGGGUCAUCCCCGCUAACGGGAUGGCACGUGAUAAGAGGACUGGUACUAGCAAUUAUCAGAUGUAAGGUAAUUUAAUGAUAAGGGUAUGUUUUAUAUCAACAAAAAUACUUCUUUCAUUCCGACUGAUUUCAAAACAGAAUAUCCCACAGAACGCGAACUCCUAAACGGCUUGAUGGAUGGUAGCGUGGAUAAAAUAUGGCUGUUCGACUGUGGUACCAAGGAAAUGAAAAAGCAAUUUUCUCGUUUGACGAUAGUCGACGAAUCGAUAGAAUAUUUGAGCGUCAGGGUGGGUUUUGCGGCAAAAAAGGGAUACGAAGAUAUUGAAAAUUGUUUACAAGGGCGAGCUGAGGCAUGGACGUACGGAGAAAGGGCAACAGAACAGAUGGAUGAUUACGGCUAUGACUAUGAAGACGAGGAUUGGCAGGUUUGUAAACAACUGAAAUACGCUAAGUAUUUUAUGCUUCGAUCGUGGUGAUAGGCUAAAAUUGCUUGGCGUAUCCAUUGUUGCGAGGAUGAAGAUUCUUGUAAAUCGUCAUGGUUGACUUGAUUACGGAAUCUCAUUUCUAGGAUGUCACAUUUCCGGGUGAUUAAAUUCACCUGCGGUCGAGUGGUCUUCCCAUUGCCCUGCGAUUUUCUAUGUUCAUCAACACAGGCCGCCAAUAAAGUUAGCCCAUCAUGUAACCCGUAUUUAUUGUAAAAAGGGGAUGACUGCAUCAGGUACUCUUGAUAUGUUCGGCGUUAGAAUCCAAGCCGACCGAGUAAGAGGGUUCCAUCCCAGGCCGGUUUAUUUACUGCGAAUUUUCGAUUUGUAACAAUCAAUUUUCAGGUAGAAAGGGAGACUUAACGAAUUCAGAAUAAUAAACUUCUGUCAACUGAAAUUGAGUUCACGUUGAGAUGCCAUACUCAUAGCUGCAUCUCGCUGUGAAGAAGUAUAAUAUAAAUUAUGUUAGACGUAGAAAUUCUGAAGAUCGAUAAUUCAGAUACCUUUGUGUAUUUUUUUCUUCUCAGUUUUCCUGUUUUGAAAAGUACAGCCAUGGAAAAUACCGAUAUGAUAUGAAGCAAAGGUCAUCCAAGGACGGAGUGGAACCCUUCCACUACAUUUUACUGGCCUUUGCUGGUAUUCUUGUCACCUUCCUGUUGAUUGGUUCCCUGAGGAAUACUUGCAUAAAGAAGAGAACGACACCAGAUGGUCUGUAUCUUAUCCACUUUAUUUUUGCAUUUUAUUUUCUUCUAAUAGAGAUUUUUCCAUAAAAAUACGAAUACAUAUCAAGAGAUGUUCAAGUAAGGAGCCUCAAUUUUUCAUAUAAAGCGUAUUUCAAAAAUAAUCCAUCUAUAGCAAUUGUUAUAAAAGAGGUAGCUGGUUUCUCCUGGACAAGAAAUGACAGGUCAAAGAAGAAUGCUGAUUGUAUAAAGUUUUCGCUUUCAGUUUAGUGAUGGCUUGCGAACAUGCGAAAAAUUUUCCCAAGUACAACGGAAUUUGCUACUUACUUAACUGACCUCCUCUGUUGUUGUUGUCGUUUUUGUUGAAUCAGUGGUACUUGUUACCAUCAUGUCACUUUUGUUCUAUAUUCACCCAAAUGACGGUACGGUUGCCAGAACCCCUUCAUAUCCUCCCCAUUCUUCUCCAGGCCACUAUCUCAUGGGCCAAAAUUUACCAUUAAGGGAAUACACUGGCCAGCAACACCUGCGGCCGCGUCACAUCGAAAACUUGCCGAAUUAAAACACCGUUUCCCAAGGAGAACUAACAAAUUGAUGUUAUGUUUGUAUUUCAGACGUUGAUAUCGAAAAAGGAGUGUUUAACCCCAAACUAAGGGCGAGUGUCACUUGCGCAGUGCGCAUGAAGGAACUCUCGACACCAUCGGUUAACUAUUACUUAGAGAAGUACAUUCCUGAUAAUACAACGCAUUAA